GGCAUUUUGGAUUGUUUGGGUAUAAAAAAAAAUACCGGUCAACCGUUAUCCCUAUUGCAUAACAAAUAUGCUAGUUGGCCUUGUUGGUAAGUUGAAAAACACCAAAACAUAACCCAAAGAACACAAAAUACUAUGUCAAAGCAGCAAACAAUCUUCCAUUUCCAUGUCCGAAAUCAUGCAUGAAGCCACCGGAAAGAUGACACAACUUUAUAGAAAAAUUGUUCAUGUUAAUAUUAAGAGGAGUAUACUAGAAAAAGUAUCGAUUUUUCGAAGAUUUUUUAGGUUCAUUUGGGAUAGGAUUCUUGUUUGUUCUACAGGAAGGUCUGUUCACUAUAGGAGAUUGGCUGGAAGGGAUUCUUCUUCUCCGGUUGAAGGGGUGGUGGUAGACGGUGACGAGGCCUUUCCGGAGGACCAUCAGAGGAUGAUAUGUAAUGGGUAUGAGACGGAUUCGGAUUUGGUUAGUUUGAAGAUCAGUUUGCUAGGUGACUGCCAAAUUGGAAAAACGAGCUUUCUGAUCAAAUAUGUUGGGGAUGAGCAAGAAAAAAGCUUGCAAAUGACAGGGUUAAAUUUAGUAAACAAAACAUUAUUUGUUCAAGGUGCCAGGAUUGCUUUCAGCAUAUGGGAUGUAGGAGGUGACUGUAACUCACUUGAUCAUCUGCCAAUUGCUUGUAAAGAUGCAGUAGCAAUUUUGUUUAUGUUUGAUCUAACUAGUCGAUGCACCCUUAACAGUGUUCUUGGAUGGUAUAGUCAAGCAAGAAAGUGGAAUCAGACAGCAAUUCCAAUAUUAAUAGGAACAAAAUUUGAUGAAUUUGUUAGACUCCCCCCAGAUUUGCAAUGGACCAUUGUGACUCAGGCAAGAGCAUAUGCCAGGGCAAUGAAAGCAACCCUUUUCUUCUCAAGUGCUACACACAAUAUCAAUGUGAACAAGAUCUUCAAGUUCAUUAUGGCUAAACUCUUUAACUUGCCAUGGACGGUAGAGAGAAACUUGACUAUUGGAGAGCCGAUUAUCGACUUCUAAAACCUGCUUUUUUGGGGGGUUUUCCCACUGACUUUUAUGUGCACAGCCGAAAGAGAAAGAAAAAAAAAGUUUCUUCCAUCCUAGUAGCAAAUUGACCCCACAAACAUCAAUUGGUCAUUCAUUGUUUUGUUCUUUUCUUUUUAUUGCUUUACUUUUCCUUGUAACAUUUUAAACUGAAUUCAAAGUUAGCUGAUCUCUGAUGUUUCAGUGAUUUAAGUAACAUAUCAUACUGUAAAAUGGUUGUAACAUACUGAGUCUUUUCAUGCAGAAGAUGAAUAACAGAAAUGUAAUAUACUAAGAUCACGAGUUCCAUGUUUUCAUCCCUUCUAAUUUAAUAUAUUCAGUCAACUCUUUUUCCCAUUCAUUCCGCAUAGGAGAAUCUGCUUUUAGCUUUGAAGAAUAGUGCAGAUACUCUAAGAGUUUUCCUGAAAGAGUUCAUUAUUACUAAAAAAGAGUAAAAAUAGAGAGGGGGAAACUGAUGUUGCUUAGUGGAGUUGGAAUAAUUCC